AGCUCCUCCUCUCGUUACGUCAGAUCACACAGCAUUACAGCUGAACAGCUUGUGGGGUAUGCUGUCAGGAAGGCUAUCUUUAGGAUCUGUUUUAAGCCUUCACCGAAGCCUGACCGAAGCGGACCCUGACACCCCGGAACAACUCAAAUAAAAAUGUCUGCCUUGGGUCCAACUGUCAGUGACAGACCAGUACUGCAUCGACGUGAUUUUGAAGAAUUGGAGAACCGCCGGAGAAGAUUUCACUCACAUCAUGCGGUGAAGCGCGAUGUAGAGCCAGCUAGGCAGGAUGCGCUCAGGGAGGGCCCGUCCGGAUCGGACCCGCAGCCGCCCCCGGUGGACGACUGCGAGAAGCUGGGGACUCUGUUUGGCGAGCUGAACAAGUGCCUCCGGGGCGUCGGCUUCACGCAGGUGUACUUCGGGGAGAAGAUCGUGGAGCCGGUCGUCGUGGUGUUCUUCUGGGUGAUGCUGUGGUUCCUGGGAAUCCAGGCACUGGGACUGGUUGGCGCGCUCUGCAUCGUCAUCAUCUACAUUCAGAAGUAAUGUUCGGAGGCGAACGGCCGACACUUCGGGGGAAAGGCGUUCUCUCGGGACGGAGGACCGGGGGAAGGGGGGCGCUCUGUCUGUGGAAUGCCGGCUUCCGUUGUGCGUUUCGGGGCUCCGGUGUUGCAGUCUUCAGGGAAGUGCAUAUCAGGCAGGCGUGACGUGGUGAUGACGGAGCGACGGAUGGGCGGAGCUGCCACCGAUUUGAACCUGAACCAUUGUUUUUCGGUGGAUGGCAAUGCCUUUUAAUCGGUUCGUUCAAAAAAAGCAAAUAAUUGACAGCCGACUGCUGUACAUAUUUGGUCGACCCAUGGAACCUCAGUCUCACGUCAACAGUGUGAAGUGCCAAGCUGAAUGUUAUUUAUAAUAAAAUAUAUAUGAGCGUUGGGUUUUGGUAGCUGGAGAGUAAUUUAUUUAAAUGAUUCAAAUGGAAAAAAUCAUAUAUAUAUAUAUAUCACAUUUGGAAGAUGGAAUUCAUAUUUGUAAGUAGCAUGGAUUGUUCUAUCAUUAAAUUGCACUUUGCAGUAGCAGGGCUGCUUUUACACUAAGUAUCAAACCCCUUUGGCACGACGCUGCUUGUAUGAAGAUGUUUAAAUUUUAAGUUUUGGGAGACUUAGUUAUCAUGCUGAACCUGCCAUGGCAAUGGAAAAUCCUGGCAGGUCCUCUCUCUUGGUUGAAGGUAACAAGGUUUUUUCGUGGGGGAUGUUGUUGCGAGAGUCUGCCUACUAGUGCCAACCCUCUGGCCAGGGAGCAGUCUAACACAGGGGGCGGGGAAGGAGGUGGUGGAGCCUUAGUUCCAGACGUAUGAUUGUAGGUGUUUGUGUCUCCGAGGCCUAGCCCCCCCUAAAAUAGUUCUGGGGGGGGGGGGGUAUGGUCCCAAAAAAAAGUGGGGGAAAAUUUUGUUUGUGGCCAAAAAAGUAUAAAACUGUCAUGACUUUAAACGUAAGUCCAUGUCAUUAGAAUAUUUAAUGGGGCUAUUACUGAAUUAGGCACCCGUCCCCAAAAAAAGGGGGUAAAAGCUAAAGGAGCUAGAAGAGGGCUUGUCCUUGCGCACAGUUGCGCAGAAUGGAGACACGAGCAUGUUUAGGCUUUCCGUUUUAUAUCAUAUUAUUAAUCUAUGCUUUGUACACGCAAUUCAUAUCUCUAGAUCCACAUCAUCGGUUUCACAUGGUAGGCCCUUUCUUGUUGUGUAAUGGAGGGGGGAAAAAAACUGUGGUUAGCUAGAUUAGUGAGAGCGGUUAGGUUGGAUAUGAAAGCUCUAAUGACACAGAACGAAAUCAAAACCACAAUGAGGGGUAAUGGCAGCCUUCUCUGAUAAAUGUUUGUCCUUCAGCAGACAAUAGCUGAAGAUGUACAUGAAGGUUUCUAUAAUCAGCAGAGCAUGCCUUGUUAUAAACCUUCUGCAUGCCGUGAAGCGGAAAUGUCUUCAGAGCGAACUGGUUUUCGUAUGGGUAUGAGAAACUAUUUCAGAUAUUUACCAGAAAUAGAGACGCUCAGCCUGACCGUUUCUCACUCACAAUGGAGGUGACGGUGCACACUGCUAUUUGUAGCUUUUGUGGUUGGGGCAGGAGCGUAAACACAUCCUUUGUUAUACAUCUGCUGGCUUAGCGCUUUUCUUUAGAAGUCAACAUUUGAAUCGCACCUUGUUAAACCCGUCACAGUGACCCGAAAACGAGGCUAGCUUUUAGGCGCUCCACACCUCAUCCCUGGUAUGUGAAAGCGGGGCGUGUCAAGAGUUUAGGCUGCUGUAUCUGCCCAAGUUUAAUCUGGCGUUAAUGUUUAACUGCUCUUCCAGCGCCCGAUCUUCGGUCGGACCCGAAGCAGACUUCUGACUUUCGUUCUAAUCCCCCCCCCCCCCCCCGUAUAUAUACGCACCGAGACCGAGACACUCCCCCUUCGCAGAGCGAUGUCAUAUCUUAUCGUGUUUUAUGGUGUUCGGGUUUCUAGCGUGUCUGUUUGCAGACCCGGAAUGUGAGCGAGCAAAGGAACGCCUCGGGGCGGUGUUCACCGCUGUACCCCCCCCCCGGGGUGUCAGGGGACAGCCCGGUCGUUUGUUAUUCAGCACGCGAUUGAUAAGUUAUAGCGGUUUAUUCCAGCUAACUCACCUCGCCGUGGCUACGUGGGUCUGUUCUUGUUGCUGACUUUGAGGCGCGAAGAAAUGCCAGCUAGGGCCCGGGGCUCUCAAACUGGAUGGGAUGAACACCUCUGAGCUAGCACACAGGAAGGCAGUCAAAAUAGCCAGUGUUCUCCCCGUACAGAAAUAAAUCCACUUUCCUACUGAGUGUAGUGCAGGCCAUGGCUGCUAUAUCGUGGCUGUUAUAUGCCAUGUUGCUGCGGAAGAACGCGCUGUGGAUAUUUACGUAUAAAGUGAAUAGGCUGUGUGGGGCUUGGAGGUGGAAGUGUAGUAAGCAGUGGACAAUCCACAGUUGAGGCCAAAGUGUCUUCAUGGUGGGGCAGCCGUGCCCGAUCCACGUCACGCAGCAACUGUGAGCCAGUAAUCGGCAGCAAGAUCAGAGGUUGUAUUCACUUUCAGCUCCUGCAUCUCUUCCACCCUCUAACUCCUAUAUCCCCCAGCUGUGCCCAUAAAAAUGGGACCAGACAGACUUGUCAUAUGCCCCCAUCGGUGGCAAGUUGUAGCUAAGCUGCUUCGCUCUCUCAAAUGACCACUUAGGAACCGAUGGGCCAGUUUUUAUAAGCCAGGGGUGGGAAAUUCUGGUAGGUCAGCAAGUCAUAAGUUGGCAGGUUGCAGCAGUUUUGAGAUUUAAAAAAUGGCAGUUAGAAAGUUUAAGGUUUAGAAUACAGAGCUUCCCCCCUGGUCUAUACAGGUUAUCUGAGGUUAUUUUGUGGCUCAGCCUUUCAUGUAUGUAAGUAUGUAAAUGUGGUGGCAUAGGAAGUGUGCAAAACUCCAGACGGUUAAGAGCCAAAAUGGCUGACUUCCCCUAUUCAGGUCCAUAAGAGCUUUGCCUGAAACAAGGAACAGAGUACGCAGUCUGCUUCCAAAGUGUGUGAAAAUGCAUGGCUCAAGGUAAAAACCUCAUAUGGAAACUUUAAUAAAAAAAACUUUAAUAGUUCACUUUGGUUUCACCCUAAACCUGGAUUCAGUCACUUGUUCUCAACAUUGACUUCAAACAUUGGGAUUGCAUUUUUUUUACUUCAUGUCACUCAAACCGUGCGAUUUAAAAAAAAAAAAAAAUAGAAAAAACAUUACAUUUAAAUUUAAGCAUAAGUCAAUGUUAAGUUACGUUUUGACUAAAUACAGCCCAAACUAAACUGAUUUUGAGGGCAUAUUUCAUUGUGCAAGAAAGCCUUGUUGGCCAAAGCAUUCCAUGGACUGUUCUAAUCUCCUUCGGGUUCACGUCACCAUAUCAGAGAAUCUUUCAAAUGUAAACUGUCCUGUCUCCAUGCUGCAUUUUUUGUCAUCUGGUUUUGUUUGAAGAAGAAAUAAUUUGAUUGGAAAUGGAUCCUGUUUUAACAUUUUAUAUUGCAAAUGACUUUGAAAAAAAAUACUGUAUCCAUAUCUGCACAAAUUAAAGAAUAGUUAAAUAAAGGUUAUGUUUUUAAGAAA